AUGGCCACAGAUUCUAAUUUUGUGCAAGCAGCCAUUCCACGUUUCGAUGGUCAUUAUGAUCAUUGGAGCAUGUUGAUGGAGAAUUUCCUUCGAUCCAAGGAAUAUUGGGAUGUAGUUACCAAUGGUGUUGUUGAACCAGCACUAGCAGAAGGAGCUCAGUUGACAGCAGCACAACGAGCAGCUCAUGAAGCAGUAAAGUUGAAGGAUUUGAAGGCGAAGAAUUAUCUCUUCCAGGCCAUUGACCGUUCUAUCUUGGAAACCAUUCUUUCCAAAGAAACUUCCAAGGAUAUUUGGGACUCCAUGAAAAAGAAGUAUCAAGGCUCUGCAAGAGCAAAGAGGCAGCAACUUCAAGCUUUACGCUCGGAAUUCGAAACACUUCGAAUGAAGUCGGGAGAAUCAAUUGCAGAUUAUUUCUCUCGCGUGAUGACCAUUGUCAAUAAAAUGCGAAUUCAUGGAGGCAGGAUAGAAGAAAUAACUGUCAUAGAAAAAAUUCUUCGAUCAUUAACAGCAAAAUUUAACUUUGUUGUUUGUGCUAUAGAAGAAUCUAAAGAUAUAGAUGAUUUGUCACUUGAUGAAUUGCAGAGUUCAUUGGUGGUGCAUGAACAGAAGUUCAAACAGGAAGACACAGAUGAGCAAGCAUUAAAGGCUUCUACCGAUACUCGUUCCAACAAUUUUCAAGGAAGGGGUAGAGGUAGAGGCAGAGGUAGAGACAGAGGCAGAGGCAGAGGAAGGUCCACUAAUUUCAGAGCCAAUAAUGAUCAAUUUCAAGGCAGAGGCAGAGGAGGAGCCCCUGAUAAAUCCAAGGAGGAAGGUGAAACCUUAUUGAUGGUUGCUAAAGAUGAAAAGCAAAUUGAGCCAGAUGUUUGGUAUGUGGAUACUGGCUGUAGCAACCACAUGAGUGGUAGUAAGUCUUCUUUCUCUCAUCUGAAUGAAAAUUUUCAAUCUACUGUGAGUUUUGGUGAUCAUUCUACUGUGAAAGUAAUGGGAAAAGGUGACAUUAAAAUAAAAACCAAGAAUGGUUUUGUGGAAACAAUAUCUAAUGUAUUGUAUGUUCCUGAUUUGAAAAGUAAUUUAUUGAGUGCUGGCCAAUUACAAGAAAAGGGUUAUGUGAUCACUAUUAAAAAUGGUGUUUGUGAAAUAUAUGAUUCUGUUAGAGGUGCUAUUGCUGUUAUUCAGAUGAGUUCAAACAGAUUGUUUCCAUUAAAGAUUGAAGGAAUCCAAUCUAGUUUAAUGGCUGAAAUGAAAGACCCUUCAUGGUUGUGGCAUUUUCGCUAUAGCCAUUAG